AUGACAUCUAUUAUUCACCUGAGGGCUGAGACCAAGCCCUUUGAGCGGCGUUCUCCAUUAUCGCCCGAGACCGCCAAGGCUCUCAUAGACGCCGGCUACGUUGUGCGAGUUGAAGAGUCACCAGAUCGCAUCUAUCGUGAUGACGAAUUCAAGGCCGUCGGUGCUGAUAUUGUCCCUGCUGGGUCGUGGGUCAAUGCCCCCGUGGACAAUGUGAUCCUGGGCUUGAAAGAGCUUCCGGCAGACGGAACGCCCUUGCCGCAUACAUAUAUCCACUUUGCCCAUUGUUUCAAGAAGCAGGACGGAUGGGCCACCGAGCUCUCACGCUUUGCCAAGGCCGGCGGUCUGCUCUAUGACCUCGAAUUUCUCGUGAAUGAUAGAGGCACGCGUGUGGCGGCGUUCGGCUUCAGCGCGGGCUUUUCCGGUACUGCGCUGGCCUUGUUGUCCUGGGCGCAUCAACUUCUUCACCCUGGAGUUCCCCAAGGCGCAGUGCCAGCGUUCGACUCUGCCUCCGCUUUGGUAGAACUCGUUCGAUCUUCCGUUGCGGAAGCACUGCCACUAAAUGGUGGCAAGUACCCCCGUCUCAUGGUCAUUGGAGCCCUUGGCCGUUGCGGAAAGGGGGCAACUGAAUGUUGCCUUGCUGUGGGAAUCCCCGAGGAAUCGGUUAUUAAAUGGGACCUGCCUGAGACCAGCCGUGGCGGACCCUUUCCCGAAAUCGCCGACGCUGAUAUCCUCCUGAACUGCGUCUAUUUGGGGGCCCACAAGGUCCCACCCUUUACCACGCUCGAAUCGUUGUCGAAGCCGGAGAGGCGGCUUCGCGUGAUAUGCGAUGUGAGCUGUGACCCGAACAGCGAGAACAACCCAAUUCCCGUCUAUUCCGGAUACAGCUCCUUUGACAACCCGACUGUUUCGCCAUCAGGCCCACUGGACGGACCUGAGCUGCGCAUCAUUGCCAUUGACCAUCUUCCCACCAUGAUCGCUCGCGAGGCAAGCGAUGAGUAUUCCGGCCUACUUCUUCCCAGUCUUUUGACACUACGGGAUCGCGAAAAGGAGGGUGUUUGGACUCGGGCAGAGCAGACGUAUCGAGAGCGAGUUGCAGAACUGCCGUAG